AUGGCCAAGCCUCGCGAGAAUCUACCAGGAAACAGCGGUCACAUGCAUGUUUCCCUUUGCGACCCAGACACGAACCAAAACCUCUUCGCACGCAGCGAACCCGAUCCCAACGCUCCUUAUGAGGACAUCAAGCACCUCUCCGACCUAGGCCGCCAUUUCCUCGCUGGCCUGAUCGAGGGCCUUCCGGACGUCAUGCCCAUCUUCGCUCCCACAAUCAACAGCUACAAGCGUCUUGUCGAGAACUUCUGGGCACCCGUCACUGUAAGCUGGGGCUUGGAACACCGUGCCGCGAGCAUCCGCCUUAUCGCACCACCCACCGCUUCACCAAAAUCUACUCGCUUCGAAGUCCGUGUGCCCGGUGCAGACACAAAUCCAUAUCUCGUUCUGGCAACCAUUCUUGCAUUGGGGUGGAGAGGUGUAGAGAAGAAGCUUGAAAUUCCAAUCCCACCGUUAGGAAAGGGUGAAGAUGUUGGUGGUGCAUCGGACAAGGGUGUCAGACUAGCCAAGAGCUUGAGAGAGGCUACCGAGAAAUUCAAGAGCAAGGAUAGUAUUGCGAGAGAAGUCUUCGGCGACGACUUUGUCGAUCAUUUCGCUGGCACUCGCGAACACGAACUCAGACUCUGGGAUGAGGCAGUCACGGAUUGGUAA